CGAGCCCGGGGAAGCGGUCUCAGAUCCUGACGGUGCAGCCGCCCGCAGCCUCAGCCAGGGAGUCCCAGCCGCUUUCAAUGGAGGAGAAGCCCGGCCAGCCACAGCCUCAGCACCAUCACAGCCACCACCACCCGCACCAUCACCCCCAGCAGCAGCAGCAGCCACCGCACCACCACCACCAUUAUUAUUUCUACAACCACAGCCACAACCACCACCACCAUCACCAUCACCAGCAGCCUCAUCAAUACCUGCAGCAUGGCACAGAGGGCAGCCCCAAGGCCCAGCCAAAGCCUCUGAAACAUGAGCAGAAACACGCCCUCCAGCAGCACCAGGAAACGCCGAAGAAGAAAACAGGAUAUGGUGAACUAAAUGGUAAUACUGGAGAAAGAGAAAUACCUUUAAAGAACCUGGGUUCUGAUGAAGCUACCAACCCUAUUUCCAGGGUCCUCAAUGGCAACCAACAAAUUGUAGACACUAACCUGAAGCCGACUAUAAAGUCCUGCACCUUUGGGAAAGCAGGAAUUAAAACUAGGAAUUUCAUUCAGAAAAACAGUAUGGGCAAAAAGAAUGGAAAAUCAUAUGAAAGUAAAUCUGGAGAGAACCAGUCUGUAGAUAAGAGUGAUACUAUAACAAUUCCAAAUGGCGUUGUAACAAACAAUUCUGGCUAUAUUACUAAUGGUUAUAUGGGCAAAGGAGCAGAUAACGAUGGCAGUGGAUCUGAGAGCAGAUAUACCACUCCUAAAAAAAGGAAAGCUAGGCGCAACAGUGCCAAGGGUUGUGAAAACCUUAAUUUAGUGCAGGACAAAAUAAUGCAACAAGAGACUAGUGUCCCAACCUUAAAACAGGGACUUGAAACUUUCAAGCCUGACUACAGUGAACAAAAGGGAAAUCGAGUGGAUGGUUCUAAGCCCAUUUGGAAGUAUGAAACUGGGCCUGGAGGAAUGAGUCGAGGAAAACCUGCUGUGGGUGAUAUGCUGUGGAAAAGUUCUGAUAUUAAACCUGGUGUGAGCAGCAAAAAGUUUGAUGAUCGGCCUAAAGGAAAGCAUGCUUCUGCUGUUGCCUCCAAAGAGGACUCGUGGACCCUAUUUAAACCACCCCCAGUUUUUCCAGUGGACAAUAGCAGUGCUAAAAUAGUUCCUAAAAUAAGUUAUGCAAGUAAAGUUAAGGAAAACCUCAACAAAACUGUACAGAACUCUUCUGUGUCACCAUCUUCAUCUUCAUCCUCUUCAUCAUCUGCUGGGGAAAAUCAGACCCAAUCUUCAAGUCGGUUAUCCCAGGUUCCUAUGUCAGCGCUGAAAUCUGUACUUCUGCCAACUUUUCUAGGGCCUGUUUUAGCAGGAACUGAUGCAAGUGUGUAUUCUCCAGGGGGUCAGCCACUGCUAACUACUGCUGCUAAUAGUAUGACACUCAUCUCUGCUGCGAUUGAUCCAGUUCUCCAGGACAAGAGUCUGACUUCAGCAGCUGUUGAACAAAUUACAACUAGCCUUUUUAUCUACCCUUCAAAUAUGCAAACUGUGCUGGUGAGCGCAGCUCAAGUGGAUCUACCCUCUCAGACCGAUCAGCAAAACCUAGGGGAUAUCUUCCAGAAUCAGUGGGGUUUAUCAUUUAUAAAUGAGCCCAGUGCUGUUCCUGAGACUGUUACUGGGAAGACAUCAGAUCAUAAAGUGAUGGAGGUGACAUUUCAAGGGGAAUAUCCUGCCACUUUGGUUUCACAGGGUGCUGAAAUAAUCCCCUCAGGAACUGAGCAUCCUGUGUUUCCCAAGGCUUACGAGCUGGAAAAACGGACUAGUCCUCAAGUUCUGGGCAGCAUUCUAAAAUCUGGGACUACUAAUGAGAGUGGAGCCUUAUCCUUGGAGCCCAGUCAUAUAGGUGACCUGCAAAAAGCAGACACCAGUAGUCAAGGUGCUUUAGUGUUUCUCUCAAAGGACUACGAGGAAGAAAAUCAAAAUCCUCUGGCGUCUCCUACGAACACUUUGUUAGGCUCCGCCAAAGAACAGAGAUACCAGAGAGGCCUAGAGAAUGAUAGCUGGGGUUCUUUUGACCUGAGGGCUGCUAUUGUAUAUCACACUAAAGAAAUGGAAUCUGUUUGGAAUUUACAGAAGCAAGAUCCCAAAAGGAUAAUCACUUACAAUGAAGCCAUGGAUAGUCCAGAUCAAUGAAGGACCAGACUGCCUAUUUGUAACCUUUCUGCAGCAUUAGAGCCACUGUUCAUGGGGGACACAAGGCUUUUAUGCUCCUAGAUCUUCAACGCAGCAGAGGAACCAUAAGUAGAAUCACAGGAUAAUAUAUACAAAUAUAUAUACAUAUAUAUAUAUACAUAUAUAUAUAUAGUUAUUUAAAAAAAGGCAACUGAAAGUAAUUAGACUUCUUAAGGAAUCAAAUUUAUUUCAAGAGACAACACAUGGUUAUUUAAUCUCCGGUACUGAAUAGUUUUUUUUCUUUUUUCUUAUGUUAGUUUUUGUUUUUAAGUGUGAAUGCAAGUAAUUAAUGAAUACAGACUUGUGGUUCUAAAGUUCCUGCUGUCAUCAAUUGGGCAACAAAUGACCCACUGGAAAAGCAGAUCCACUUAAGAGAUCUCUGUAUCUUAUUCUGUGACUAAAGUGAUACACUAAUCACAGGGAACCCAGAAUGAGUCAACAUUUUCUCCCACUCCUCCCUUAAUCUUUUGGUUAUGCUUUGAGCCCUGCAAGAAUGCUGGAUAAAUGCCUUGAAGUUUGCAGGAGUGUAUUUUUUUAGCAAGUAUGAUUUGCAUGUCUUGCCAGGAGUUAAGCAGCCUCUGUGGGGUGUUGGGGAAAUAUUUUCUUUCUUUUAUUUUUUUGUUGGGUAGGGUUAGGGGAGGGCAUUGAAGUUUUACAGUUCUGGAAUAGUUGGUGGUACAUAGUUCACUUGGCUUUUAGUUACAUAUUGGACUUUAACAAGUGAAGAAUCCAUGAGUGUCAUUUAAAGAAAAGUAACAUAACAAACAAUUGGCUUUAUAUAUUUAAUAUAAAAAAAAUACUCCUGUGCCCAUCUUUUAAUGUAAUUAUAUAAGUGGGAGCAAAAAUAUAUUCUGCUUUUCAACUGUAGGUGCUCCAAACUUGCUCUCUGCCACUAACACUAAAUGUGCUGUUUUCCUUGUUUUUCAUCAAACAUCUAAAGAGAAACUUCUGUACCUUUUUGUAAAUUCUUUUAAUUUCUCAGAAAUAUCCUAAAGGGAAGAAAAAAUUCCAUGAAAACUAAAACUUUUAAUGUUUUUAGCCAGAGAGGAGAUAAUAAACCCUGCCAAUAGGA